AUGAGGUACAUUCUUGCACAUGGCCUUGUGCAGGCCUCACUUCUCUCAAUUGCCUCCGCUUCCCCCGCUCCAACUGCUUUCGCCAACAAUGUCGCCCCGCCCGACCCCGUCAUUACACCUUCCCCGGUCGAGCAUAAUCCUUCUCCCAUUGUUGGCCGAAACAUCUUGAGCGACGUUGAAUCUGAUGCCGGCAAUGUCCUCUCGGACCUUGGAUCUGGCCUACCUUCGUGGGUCGCAUCUGGAGUGCCAAACUUCUUCCAGGGCUUCCCGACUGGAGAUGCAGUUGUGAGCACCCUCGGAUUGCACAGCUCCGAAUUAGAAGCAUUACCAACCAAUGUGUUGAACAUCGACCCUUAUGCGAACUGGACCAACUCGGGCUGGAACGUCCGCUUCCACGGAAACGUUUAUAAACAACCAAACACCUCUGUCUCACGCUUAAACGAUUUGGCCGAUAUCUUCCUCGUCAACACUAGUAUCUCGGACCUUCCUAAAUCCCAGCAGGCCCAGGCACGUAACCUGACUGCCGAAAUUUUUGUUGUGCAGCAGCCAGAGGUUGCAGUGAACAAGAUCCACCUCAAGCCUGCAGCGAGUCAGGGAUCCAGUGGACAGCCAGGCGGCGGUGGAUCUUCCAACACAACAGGUGGUACGCAAGACAUCACUUUACCUUACAACACAACAGUCGAAGGUGAUUUCGACACAUUCGUGCCGAUUAAGAGCAAUGGUCUUACUGCGGGAAAUGAAACCUCGGCAAUCCAGAGAUUGGACACUCAUGUCGAGGGUGCAAGUAUCGGAAAUGCUACCGCCUAUCUUGUGCCUCCAACCGGACUCACCAUCAUUUCUGACAUUGACGAUAUUCUGCGUGUUACCAAGAUCUACGAACCGGAGCAAGGGUUAAUCAAUUCUUUCGCCCGUCCAUUCACGUCUUGGGAGGACAUGACGGAGAUUUACCGCAAUUGGUCCAUCAGCCUCCCCGAUACGCAUUUCCACUACCUUACCACCACCCCCGAGCAAAUUACCAGAAACUACAUGGAGUUCAUCUACAAAAACUACCCGGGCGGCUCCUUCGACACCCGUCCUCUCAACUUCAGCGACGUCUCUGCCACUCUGUCGAUCCGCAAGUUCUUAUUGCAGAAGAUUUUCGAAACCUUCCCGGAGCGCAAGUUUGUCCUGGUGGCAGACACCAGCAACAGCGACGUCAUGCGCGACUACCCAAAACUGGCCACCGACUUCCCCGGACAAGUCCAGUGCAUCUUCCUCCGCAACACCUCGGCAACCGACCCGGGCGACAAGUUCCCAUACGACACGUCCGGAUUCAAGGACUUAAAGCAGUCGAUGUACAUGUUCUUCGUGCACUCGGCUGACCUGACCAACUUGGAUAUUGCGAAUGGACAGUGCUAUAAUCAGUCGAUUGCACAGAACCUGACAUUUGGCUAUCAGGGACUGCCACUUGGAGUGGGAGGUAAACCAACUGCAGUCAAUGGGUCAGCAAACCACACCGGAGCCGCUAGCGGGCUGAUAACCAAGGAGUCGGCUGGUGCGCAGGGCCUGAUGGCAUUGGUCGCAGCGAUGUUUACGGCCACCUUUAUGUUUUUAUAG